UGGCAGGUUACUUUAUGGCUAAAGAAAAUAUAUGGGAAUGAGCCUAUUCCAGAGUACGAAGUGAAUGCAAGGACAGUUGAUAUCUUGUAUGACCUUGUAGAAUGCAAUGAAGCCAGAGACAGGGAUGUUUCUUUGCUGAUAGAGGACAUGAAGCAGAAGGCAACAGAAUACGAAGCAGAAAGUGAGUUUGAACUACAGGGCAUUCUGGCAGAAAGCCUGGAUCUUUCCCCAUCCAUUCUGUCCAGCGAAGGCACCAGCUACCUCAAUGUCCUGGUAAACAGCGCAGUGAUACUUGAAACAAAGGAUACUUCUCUUGCCAGCUUCUUCUGCACCAUCAAUGAUAUGACUUUGGAGCUGUAUGCAACAGAAUCAAAAAACAGGGAAAUUGAACUGGAAUUGAGCAACAUCAGGAAAAAAAUAACUGCAGCGCUGCUGCUGGAAAAGUGGUUAGAGGAGGAUCUUAAAAAAACAGAGGAACUUCUGGAAGUAGAAAAGGCCAAAGCUGACAGCCGAUCCCAAAACUUGAAGUUCCUGAAAGAUAAAUCUAAGGAUUUAAAAAUCAUGAUCAAGGCUGUUGAGGAGCAGCUUGCUGCCACGGGGUUGGACCGGUUGCUACACGAGUCACUUGUGAGCCUGUCUGAGGAACCAGCUAGACUGCAGGAAGAAACUGUGCCUUUGAAGAAGAAACUGGAGUCCUACCUAGAUUUAACUCCUAAUCCUUCCCUUGCACAAGUGAAGAAGUAA